AUUGACCUCAGGCUUUCAGUCAUAUGAUUUACCUUAGAAGUUAGAAACACACCAAACACAGUAAUGUUUAUUUACCUUAGAAAUAAUGACAAAUAGAAGAAAUACCUGUGUUUACGGCGUUGUAGUUGUAGAGACAUCUGAGCUUAUGAUUCAAAAAAUAGUAUACAUGAUGAAAAAGUGUUGGAAGUGUCAGUAAUAAUAUUUUAUGUACAAGUAUGAUGAAAAAGAAGUACAAGAAAGGCAAUUUUAAGAUAAACUUGUACCAACUAAUUGAUGUUUAGGUAACAUGUUUUAAUAAGCAAAAGACGGUAGUUGUGAUACAUACUAAAUGUUUUAGUUAAGUUUUAAAUACACGGAAAGACUGCUGCAGUGUUAUUGGAAGCAUUUUAUCUUUUAAAUGUUUUAAAGUUAGGAUAUAGUACAAGUCUGUAGCAAUGUGCUAAUUGUUAUAUACUAUGCUACGUGACAGUAUGACCAGGAGGGUGAGAACGAAGAAUCUUCAUGUAGCAGGUGUAAUAUACUCGGACCACAGCUGACAAAAAUGCUGUAAAGCAGGUGCUUAAUGUCUUUUGUAAGGAAGCCAUGGACUCCGGAGAGCAGAGCGAAAUAUCACAGCCAGCAACAGAAUCUGAUGCCAAGGACGAGGAGGAGGCUGCAAAUCCUGAGACAUCUGCACGAACCAGAAAUCACAGCGGCUCACAAGACUCGCUGUUGGUGUACAUCCCAAACAUCAAAGAGGAGUUGGAACUUGAUGAGGAGAGGCGGCCGGCAGCCGGGGUCCAGGGGGCCGCCCCGCGGCCAGGCGGGGAGGAGCCCCUCAACCUGGUGGUGCGAGGGUGCCCCGCCGGCCAGGAGUCGCCCGCCCCGGAGGACGAGGCCGGCGACGCUGACUACUGCUCCCCGCUGGCCGUGUGUUCUGUAGAACUGACUGAAGAAGAAGUGGCGAAUAACAUCAACUUGAAUGAACUGUUCAAGCCUGAGCAGAGGCAGUCGAAGUCUCCGAGCGCGGCGCCGUGCAAGUGCCGGGGCGCGAGGGGCGCGAGGGGGAAGAGACGGGCGUGCUGCCCGCGGGGCCCCAAGGCGACGGGGGGCCCCGCGGGCAAGCAGUUCGGCUGCCCCGCGUGCCCCGCCCAGUUCACCCAGAAGUGCCACGUGAAGCGGCACAUGCUCACGCACACGGGCGAGCGACCGUUCCUCUGCCCCGUGUGCGGGGCCAAGUUCGCGCUCAACUGCAACUUCAAGAGCCACCUGCUGGUGCACUCGGGGGAGAAGCCCGCGACCUGCGCCGUGUGCGGCGCGCGGUUCGUGCGCGCCGGCGGCCUCAAGGAGCACAUGCGGUUCCACAGCGGCGCGAGGCCCUUCCGGUGCGGGGCGUGCGAGGCGCGGUUCACCCUCAGGAGCCACUUGAGGCGGCACGCCUCCACCCACACGGGCGAGAAGCCCUUUGCCUGCGCGGUGUGCGGGGCGCGCUUCUCCCGCCGCGGGAACGUCAAGGACCACAUGAGGACCCACACCGGGGAGAAGCCGUUCGGCUGCGCCGUGUGCGGGGCCAAGUUUGCUCGCCGCAGCCACGUGAAGGAGCACAUGCUGACGCACCGGGGCAAGGCGCUUGCGGGGCGCUGACCGACUCCCGGGUCCCGCCUCGCCUUGCGCCCGACUGAGCCGUGGUGCGGGCUUGCAGGGCUGCGGAAUGAACCUGGCUACUGCAAGGUGUAUUCACUAUGUCUUUUGUUCCUCUGAUGGCCCUGUAAAACCGCUAGAGCCAAAACUGCAAUUGCGUGUGGAAACCAACAGUGUUCAGCUGUAGCGUAAAAGGAGAUUAUUCAAAUACAUCAGAAUAAAUAGGUGCACUGUAACUGUAUGGUAAGGGUAGGUGUUGUGAAAAUGGCCCAAUUCAAAAAAGUAAAAUUUUCAGUUUUAAAACCCGUGUUUAAUGAUUUUACUUAACCUGAUUCUUCAAUGCUUUGAGGUACGAUUAAUUAAAAACUGAUAAAUAGUAUAAUUUUGAGGUUCAGUACUGCAGUAUAGAUAUAUGUAGAAAGGUAUAAAUUUAUAAAGCACGUAACUAAUUUUGCUAUGCUUCACGUUAAGUUUAACAGUGAGACGUGCAAAUACAUUAAUAUUCAUACCAUUAUAAUCUGUUGAAAUUUCAUUUUAUAUAUAAAAUACUAUCCAUAAAAUUUUUAAGGGGGGAGAGAUAAUAAAAUUUAUUGUAUACUACUAAAUUUUGUUGCUAUAUAUUUUUUACCAGUUAUCAAUUGUUCUAGUGUUUUUAAUGAAGAGCUUUCAAGGCUUUUAUUUAAUCUCAAAAUGGUUUGUUACUGGACUGUAAUAGGUUAUUGAUCUGUUACUAAAGCCAGAUUCACACGUAAUCUAGCCCCACUCAGAAAAACUGAGCAGAAAGCUGAACAACUUAACGUGUUUUUAUCGCAUAAUCGUCACACAUUUUAUAAGAAAAUUGAGUUUGAAAAGAAGGGGCGUGACUUAUGUGCGAAAAGAUUUUUCUUGAGGUAAAGUUCUUAAAAACGAAACUAAAUGCAUGGAAAGUAUGUUUAAUAAUAACCACGAAAGAGUGCUAGCUAUCAAAUGUAAGUCAAAAGUCAAAUGUAAUGUCGGGUACGACAUGAGACAUAGCGCGCGAGUUGCAUGCAAUUGGCAAGCUAUCAAUAUUGAUAUUUGACUAUAUGCGCGCACUAUAUAUGGACAUCAACGUAACCAAACAUGAAUGUUGCCAACUAGCGCUGGCUACAUUUUUGUACGCAGUACACAGCAGUGACAAAGACCAACAGAUAAAAGAUAAAGGUUAUGUUAUAACAUUAGAAAAUGUUUUAAAAGAAAAUUUACACAUCAGACAACUUUGUAUUAUCUGUUAAUUAGUAAAUUAGUAAGCUGUAUGUAAUGUCCGAACAAAUAAUAGUUUUCAACUUUAAAAUACAUUUUUUAUUUAGGAAAUUAAGUUACUGUGCAACAUCUUACAUGGAAAAUAAAAUUCUUAUUGAGAAAAUGGUUGGACUGAAACAUUUGACCAUAUUGGAUGGGAAAUCGUAUUGUGCAGAUACAUCUUAAAUGAGUUUUAUUAUAAUUGUAAUUACUGUAUUUUCCCAUUAUAACUACCACACUGCCUGACAGCAACUUGAACACCAAUUGCUAUUGCACUGUGCUUUAUCCUGUCGUAUACUACCUACACAAAAGUGCUCAAAAUCUAACAGCGGGACCUUAAAAUAGUAAUGGUGCAACAAUUAUGCGAGUGUGACUUUUAUGCGAUAAAAAAUGGUAUCAGAAUGCCACCUCGUCGUCUGCAGAGUAUCAAAGAAGAAUAUUUAGCAUAUUUUUGCCAGAAACGGGUAAAUAAUAUCUAUGACCAACACAUAUUAAGUAUGCACUUUAAAAUGCAUUGACUUUAUUGUAUGGGGAUAGCAUAAACUGUGAAGAAUUUCACAGAAUGUGUCAGGCCUGUAAGUUUCAUCCUAAGUAAGCUUAUGAAGCAACGUUUUACUGAAGACUUCAUUAUACAACCUGAAAUCUUAUUAUGUUUGUACACUUGCUGUUUGUUCCCAGGGGCAGCUUUAGGGCAGGGCAUGCCAGGAAAUCGCCUAGAGCUCCACGCCCAUGGGGCCCCAUGCUGGUGCUUUUAAUUUUUUUUUUACUUGUUUGUCUAGUGUCUAGUGUCCUGUUAAAAUAUAGACAUUAAUGGAAAAAAGAAAAUUAAAAUUUUACUAGUGUGUAAAUUAAAGCAGUGGUCAAUAACAUUUUCAAUUUACAAUUUCACAUUUGAAAACUUUUAAAAUUUUUUAUUUCCACAUAUAGUUACGCAAUUCCUCCAAAAUAUGAUCGUAAGAAUUUAUGAAACUGACACGAAGAUAAUUCAUUACGAAAGAAUAUUCAAAUUAUUAAGAUUAAUUAGCGAUACCAUUGUCGAAAUUUAUGUUCCUUUUUUGGCUUAAAAGAUUGUUUGAAAGAGUUAAUUUUUCAAAUUUUCCAGGGCAGGGCCUCCAUAAAAGUAAACAGUCCAGGGCCUGGCAAAGUCUAGGGCCGCCACUGUUUGUUCCUAUACAAUUGUGUGCAAAUGUAGGAAAAUUAUUGCAUAUAAUUUUUUGUAGUAAUUAUUUAAAUUUAUUACAAUUCUAGCUUGCCUUCUGUGGGAAGUAAUUCUCCAGCCAAGACUUAUGAUAUUUAGUAAUGAGAAUAAGAAUUUGUGAUAUGUAUGGCUUCAAGUUUACAGCUGUGUAUUUAUAUGUGCAGUCCUUGGUAACUUAAACCUGUGAACUAUUUUUAGCUGUUUGAAUUACUUGAUAACAGAAUCUGAUGCUAAUGGACUUUAUACUUUAAAGUACCUUCCCAAACUCACAAAAUUAAUUUAAUGAAACGUUUUGAAUGAGUAAAAAAUUAUUUAAAGUAGAUGUCUGACCAGUAAAUAUUGUUACAGCAUAAGCAUUAUUUUUGCACUGAUACAGUAGGUAUUGUUUUCUUCACCAUACUGGACGAUGUCAUGUAUUCUGUAAAUCCAGAACUAAAACAUUUUAUAGUUUUAAAAAAUAACUAUAUUUUAAUUAUUUGCUAUAAAAUGUAUUUUACCUGUCUACAGUAUGUACUAUAAAAAUAAAUAAAUAUGUCUAGAAUUGUGAUAUACAUCAUUGUGAUAGCUAUUUUGUAAUUUGUAGUAGUGUGAAAAUAUUUAUUCUGGUUUUUAUGUUUUAUUUAUUGUGAACUUUGUUAUAAUAUGAUUCAAAAAUGAAUUUAUGUGAUGUAUUAACUGUUUUCUUAUUUACAUAAUUGUUUUGAAAAUUUUUUUUUAUUAAAUGUGUGUUGUGUAGGAUGAAAAUAAAUUACACAAUAUGUUUUCAAUUCAUUUUGUAUUUGAUUUAUUCAUGGUUGGACAUUCAUUGGAAGAUUAGUUAGACUAAUUUUUUUUCAUUAUUACCUAUGUUGGAAGUAUUGUGUUUUUUAAUAUUGUUACUUUCAUCUGUUCUGAUUACUAAAGGUAGCUGGUGUUAGUCAAGAAAAGGAAUGUAUAUAAGAAUGAAAAGUCUGGUGAAAGACAUUGUAGAAGAGUACAGUUUUUCCUAAUAAAGGAGUGGAAUAGAAAUUUUACCAUACUUUACCAUUUUUGAUCUGUCAGGGUGUCCACAUGACAUAAAAGUAACAAAAAUGGAAGACUGGUCACAAAAAUAUCCUGAAGUAAAACAGGAACAAUGCUUCAAGUCACAAAACUUUAAUUUCAAGCGACAUUUUGCUAACUUGAAUUUUUUUAUAUACCUUCUGUCAGUCAUGUCAAAUUAUAUCAAAAAACCUAUUUAGUUG